AUGAACUACACCUGGGCAUUCGCUCUCAUCCUGGCCACAUUGUGCCUGUCCCAGGCAGCGCCCCUCAACAAUCCCUACCAGGCCAUCAGCUCGCCCAGCGACAUUAGCGGACAACCAGUGCGCACAAAACGCGGCAGCUAUCAAAAUGAUUAUUACAUCUGCUAUCCCAGCAGCGUUGUCUAUGGCUACCAUCACAACAAUCCCAGUUCCCCGGACGGACAUCGUCGCUCCGAUGCGCCGGAGCAACGUUUCCUCGCCUACGACUCCUACGAGGCGCGUACAAAUCGUGCGGAUAGGGAACGCGCUGCCUACACAGACAGCUUUGGCAAAUAA